GGAGGCGCAAACAGGCAAGAGGAUAGAAGGGGAAAGGCAGUGUGUGUUGAUUGUUAGUGUGCUGUACCCUGACAGACUGGUGUGAGGUGCCCUUUAGGGCUUGGCUCACCUGGGUCUUUUGCUACAGCUGUCACAGUUUUCCCUCAGGGUCUGGGUCGGGGGCGCGAUGUUGGACCCGUCCUCUAGCGAAGAGGAGUCGGAUGACUUGGUGGCAGGAGAUCUCUCCAAGGAGCCGUCGCUGGCCGGAGGGAGCGGUGGAGGCGGCGGCGGCGGUGGCAGUAGCAAUGCCAGCGGACUCUCGCUGCCCCCGAGCCGGGGCAGUGACUCGGGCCGCUCCGGCAGCGCCCGCUCGGUCAGUCCCAGCCCGUCGCUGGCCAGCGAGAAAGAGAAGGAGGAGCAGGAGAGGCUCCAGCGGGAGAAGGAGGAAGACGCCAAGAAGAGGAAGGCGCUGCAGCUCUAUGUUUUUCUGCUGAGAUGCAUCGCGUACCCUUUCAAUGCCAAGCAGCCCACCGACAUGGCCAGGAGGCAGCAGAAGAUGAACAAGCAACAGCUCCAGACAGUUAAGGAACGAUUUCAGGCUUUCCUGAAUGGAGAAACACAGAUUAUUGCAGAUGAAGCAUUUUGGAAUGCAAUUCAAAGCUAUUAUGAGAUUUUUCUCAGAAGUGAUCGUGUGUCCAGGAUGGUUAACAGUGGAGGGUGCUCGGCAAACGAUUUUCGAGAUGUCUUCAAGAAGAAUAUUGAGAAGCGGGUUCGAAGUUUGCCAGAAAUUGAUGGGCUUAGCAAGGAAACCGUGCUCAGUUCCUGGAUGGCCAAGUUUGAUGCGAUUUACAGAGGUGAAGAGGAUCUGCGUAGUAAGCCUGCCCGGAUGCCCUUAAGUGCAGUGUCUGAGCUCAUUCUUAGCAAAGAACAAUUGUAUGAAAUGUUCCAGCAGAUCCUUGGGAUUAAGAAAAUUGAACACCAGUUGCUUUAUAAUGCGUGCCAGCUGGACAAUGCUGAUGAACAAGCGGCUCAGAUUCGCCGAGAACUGGACGGGAGGUUGCAAAUGGCUGAGCAGCUCGCAAAGGAACGAAAAUUCCUAAAGUUCGUACAAAAGGACAUGGAAAGCAUGUACAUAGAAGAACUAAAAUCUUCGGUCAACCUACUCAUGGCUAACCUAGAGAGCCUUCCAGUGGCAAAGGGAGGCCCAGAGUUUAAACUGCAGAAGUUGAAGCGGUCCCAGAACUCCUCAUUUCUGGAUAUUGGAGAAGAAAAUGAAAUUCAGCUCUCUAAGUCGGAUGUCGUGCUGUCAUUCACGUUAGAGAUUGUUAUAAUGGAAGUACAAGGGCUGAAAUCAGUGGCCCCGAAUCGCAUUGUGUAUUGCACUAUGGAAGUGGAAGGUGGAGAAAAGCUUCAGACUGACCAGGCAGAAGCUUCAAGGCCACAAUGGGGAACACAGGGAGAUUUUACUACCACUCAUCCUCGCCCAGUUGUCAAGAUUAAAUUCUUCACAGAGAGCACUGGAGUCCUUGCCUUGGAAGAUAAAGAGCUGGGGAAGGUAAUUCUUUACCCGACUUCCAAUAGUCCAAAGGCACCCGAAUUGCACAAGAUGGUUACUCCAAAAAAUAGCCAAGAUUCAGAUCUGAAAAUUCGGCUAGCAGUAAGAAUGGAUAAACCUCCUAACAUGAAGCAUUGUGGAUACCUUUAUGCAUUUGGGCAGAAGGUUUGGAAGAGGUGGAAGAAGAGAUAUUUUGUCCUCGUUCAGGUUAGCCAAUACACAUUUGCCAUGUGCAGCUACAGAGAGAAGAAGUCUGAGCCCCAGGAGUUAAUGCAGCUGGAAGGAUACACAGUGGACUACACAGAACCACAGCCAGGCCUUAAUGGUGGUCGGGCAUUCUUUAAUGCAGUGAAAGAAGGUGACACUGUUGUGUUUGCGAGCGAUGAUGAACAGGACCGAGUGUUAUGGGUUCAAGCUAUGUAUAGAGCUACAGGCCAGUCCUACAAACCCGUCCCUCCAUCGCAGAUCCAGAAACUGAAUGCAAAGGGAGGAAGUGCACAGUUACCAGAUGUGCCUAUCUCUCAGUUCUAUGCGGACCGAACUCAGAAGCAUGGAAUGGAUGAGUUCAUUGCUGCUGAUCCCUGCAAAUUUGACCAUUCGGCCCUCUUCGAAAUGCUUCAAAGGAAAACAUUAGAGCACCGACUGAAUGAUUCAUAUUCCUGUCUGGGUUGGUUUAGCCCUGGACAGGUGUUUGUGCUGGAUGAAUACUGUUCCCGCUACGGAGUUCGAGGUUGUCAUCGUCAUCUCUGCUAUCUCAGAGAGCUGACUGAGUGUGCAGAAGGAGGCACAAUGAUUGAUCCGACCCUUCUGCAUUACAGCUUUGCUUUCUGUGCCUCCCAUGUUCAUGGCAACAGGCCUGAUGGAAUUGGAACUGUAACAGUUGAAGAGAAGGAAAGAUUUAAUGAGAUUAAAGAAAGACUAUUACACCUUCUUGAGAAUCAAAUCACUCACUUCAGAUACUGCUUCCCUUUUGGAAGACCAGAAGGUGCACUCAAAGCCACUCUCUCAUUGCUUGAAAGGGUACUAAUGAAAGAUAUAGCCACCCCAGUGCCACCUGAAGAUGUCAAGAAAGUGGUGCGGAAGUGUCUGGAGAAAGCUGCCUUGAUCAAUUACUCUCACCUUUCGGAAUAUGCCAAAAUAGAAGAAGCAUUAAGCCAAGGAACUCCAGCCAAGCGUUUGGAUGAUGUGAUUCGACUGGCAGAGCUAUGCAUUGAGGUUCUUCAACAAAAUGAGGAGCAUCAUUCAGAGGCUUUUGCAUGGUGGCCUGAUCUAAUGGCAGAGCAUGCAGAGAUUUUUUGGUCACUCUUUGCUGUCGACAUGGAUGCAAUUCUUGAGGCACAGCCACCAGACUCUUGGGAUACUUUUCCACUUUUUCAACUUCUCAACAAUUAUCUGAGGAACGAACCUCAUUUAUGCAAUGGGAAAUACCACAAGCAUUUGCAAGAAUUAUUUGUUCCUUUGGUGAUUCGUUACAUUGACCUGAUGGAGUCAGCAAUUGCUCAAUCCAUUCAUAAAAGCUUUGAACAAGAAACAUGGCAACCUGUGAAGAACCUCACCAAUAAUCUUGUUAGCGUGAGCCUACCAAAAGUCCCAAGUCUGCCUCUUAAUCUUCCGCAAAUGCCUAGUUUCUCUCCCUCAUCUUGGAUGGCUUCUUUAUAUGAUUCCACGAAUGGUUCUUCCACAUCGGAAGAUCUCUUCUGGAAGCUGGAUGCUCUACAGAUGUUCGUCUAUGAUCUACACUGGCCAGAGCCCGAAUUUUCACAACAUCUGGACCAAAGACUCAAACUCAUGGCAAGUGACAUGAUUGAGGCCUGUGUGAAAAGAACAAGGAUCGCAUUUGAAGUCAAGUUACAAAAACUGAACAAAUCAACAGAUCUGCGUGUUCCUGCUCCUGUCUGUACAAUGUUCAAUGUGCUUGUGGAUGCAAAGAAACAAUCAACAAAACUCUGCAUUUUGGAAGGAGCACAAGAGGAAUUUACCACUAACCCAUGCACAACAAGCAACUUAACUGGCCAAUUAACCCACCAACCUGCACAUCUUUGGGAUGUGAGAGAAUACCUGGACACCCACAGGAAUCCCCGUGCACACAAGAAAGAGAGUGCAAACUCCACUUCAUCAGAACUGAAGCAGCAGUAUCACUCAAAGAUUGAUGAUUUGAUUGAAGAAACCUUCAAAGAAAUGAUUUCACUUCUGGUUUCAAAGUUUGUGUUUGUACUGGAAGGUGUAUUAUCCAAGUUAUCGAGAUAUGAUGAAGGAACCUUCUUCUCUUCGAUACUGUCAUUCACUGUGAAAGCUGCUGCAAAGUACGUUGAUGUACCUCAACCUGGAAUGGACCUGGCAGACACUUACAUCACGUUUGUACGACAAAACCAGGACAUACUCCGUGACAAGGUCAAUGAGGAAAUGUAUAUAGAAAACUUGUUUGAUCGAUGGUAUACCACCUCAAUGAAAGUCAUCUGUGUCUGGCUCACAGACCGAAUGGAUUUACAGCUCCAUCUCUACCAGCUGAAGACACUCAUCAAAAUAGUGAAGAAAUCGUACAGAGACUUUCGACUGCAGGGAGUCCUGGAGGGGACGUUGAACUGUAAAAUGUAUGAAACUGUCCACACGCGGCUGACAGUGGAAGAAGCCACAGCCUCGGUGUCAGAGAGCGGAGGGCUCCAGGGCAUCACCAUGAAAGACAGUGACGAAGAGACCGAGGAUGUAAAGUAAAAGGGAAAACGGCCGGUCACUUGGCUUCGUUAUUUUUUCAGCCAUUGUUAGUACCAUUUCUUCAGAGAUGAUAAACAUCAAUCAGGUGUAAUGAAGUCGUCCAACUUUAGAACAUCGCCGUAGAGCGGGGGAUGGGUGGGGAGGAAAGGAGGGGCACAGUUGUGUUUGGACUCUAUGCUAAACCUUGCCGAGUAUGUCCCUCUGUUCCCGCACCAGGCAACAGCAGCACCUUGUGAAUUUCUCUCAGCCAUCAUAAGGAACUGUUUGGUCCUGAGACGGGAGAGCAAAGGAAGUUGGGAUCUGACUCCUCCAGGCAAAUAAAACAACUAUCGUAUUAGCGGUCCCUAAUGGUUGGAAACUAUCCCCACAGCACAGUUGUCAGGAUAAUGUGGCAUACGAACCGUGUACCCAAUCUCGGCGUAGAAACUACCAUCAAACACUGUGGUCACUGGAAGUGUUGCGGAGCUAUUUGUUAUCUGUGCUGUUGUGGUCUUAAUUGGUGAUAUAAAGCGGCUUGAUAGAAUCAUACAGCCGUGUCAUAUUGAGAUGUGUUUCACGCCUAAUGUUCUGGGCAUCUUUGUAAAUAUAAUAAUGCUUGUAGAAUUCCCGUUUCAGCAAUGCGUGCAAGCAUCUGUGUGUUUCGAGAUGCCUCUUUCCGCCGUCUCCAUUCCGCUAGCCUGACUGCGCCAUAGUCCUGAGUUGUCAUAGGGGCGCACCCGCCCGCGGGAGGGUGAUGAAAUGCCCGGGAUGGUUAAGUGUUAAACCUGAAUCAGCACUGCGAAUGUGGGUGAAAGUUUCCCAAUGUGCUAGCAAGUCACGAAUGUUUACAGCAUUCCCAAACACUGAACGAUGGCAAAAAUAUAUCUUCAAUAUUCGUUUAUAUUGAGGCUUUAAUUGUAAUAAACCCGUCUUUAUUUCCAA